AUGGCUGGUUUAGCUGUUGCUGGGUACACGACCUGUGCCUUCUUCAGUUACGCAGUUGGGUCUGGUCGCGCUGUCUGCAGCAGUGCGCUGGCUUCCUCCCGUCUGCCGAGGGGCUGUGUCGGACACCUGGCUUUAGGAGGGCGUCGGGGUCAUGUGGCUGCCCUGGACUGGGUGACAAAGAAACUCAUGGGCGAGAUCAAUGUCAUGGAAGCGGUGCAGGACAUCCAGUCAGUGCGUCCUCUGUUGGCCAGAGCUCAACUUCAGGAGUCCAGCAUCCCCGUCCACUGCUUUCCUCACUUCAUCCGCCAUUCUAACUCCAUGAUGGUCCCAUGGGUCCCUAUGGUCUCCUGGACAGCAGCUCUGAUGGUGUUGCUGAGCAGAGAGAUCCAGGGCGGGGCCCCUCCAGCACCUCAAGACGCGGCCUCUGUGCCCUCAGAAAACCACCUGCUGCGCGCGCUGCACGAGUGCUACGCGGAGAACAACGGGACGACGCAGCGAUUCAUCAUGAGAUGCAUCUUCAACCGCGAGGAGUUCAUGCGCUUCGACAGCGCGGUGGGCGAGUUCCGCGCGCUCACCGCCAUGGGGCGGCCGUGGGCCGAGUCCUGGAACAAGCAGAAGGACUACAUGGAGCGGCGGAGGUCCGAGGUGGACACGGUGUGCAGACACAACUACGAGCUGAGCCAGGGCUUCACAGUGAAACGCCGAGUCCGGCCUAAGGUACACGUGUCACCCUCCAAGAAGGUCGCCCUGAAGCACCAUGACCUGCUGGUCUGCCACGUGACAGAUUUCUACCCGGGCAGCAUUCAGGUCCGCUGGUUCCAGAACAGCCAGGAGGAAACAGCUGGGGUCGUGUCCACCAACCUGAUCCGAAACGGGGACUGGACCUUCCAGAUUCUGGUCAUGCUGGAGAUGACUCCACAGCGGGGAGAUGUGUACACCUGCCACGUGGAACACCCCAGCCUUGAGAGCCCCAUCACAGUAGAGUGGAGGAUCCAGUCUGACUCUGCCCGAAACAAGAUGCUGACCGGAGUGGUUGGCCUGGUGCUGGGCCUCAUUUUCCUGGCCGUGGGCAUCCUGAAGCACGUGUGGAGCAAGCAGGCUCAGCUGAGACCCCCAGGAUCUAGAUGAGCAGGUCCCAACUACAGAUCCACCAACAGAGGCUGGAGAGACGGCACAGCAGUUUAGUAUGCACUUGCUGACAUUCCAGAGGUCCCCGGGUCAGUUCCCACCGUCCACAUCUGACAUCCGCCAGCUGCCUCUAACUCCAGCUCCAAGGGAUCUGAAGUAGUCUUCUGUCCUCCCGCACACACAAAUACAAAUAUCAAUGA